CCUCGGUAUUAUUUGAGGGUGGGAGUAUACUUCUUGGGUGCUGUGUAUUCAUUCCUAAAAUGAUUGGGAUAGAAGUAAAGGGACGCUUAAAUCAAUACGUAAAAGCCAUCCUGCGCAACGUAGUUGACGAAAAUGUGAUUGUCUUCUACCCGGAAAAAAAUGAAGAGGAACAGGUUCCGAUCAAAAAUGUGCGACUACCCCCAACUUCCGAACGAGAUGUUCAUCCUGGACAAAACGGGGAAGCCCUAUUUUCCGUCGUGACCGAUCAGACUCCAGGUUCAUCUAGUAAUACAAUUACACUGACUGGCCGUUGGGGCGAUGAAACUAAUAGUAAACCGGAAGUUGAACUCAUACUGGAUGAUCAGCUGAAUUAUCUCCCUAUUCCAUCUUGGUGGCCUUGUCGCGUUGUCAAGAUUCGAGAUGAUGUCGCAGUAGUUAAGUUAAAUGUAUCACCACCGGCCGAUGCAACACCCUCAGAAAUUUCACUUUGUACACACCUUUCUACUGUCACCGAGAUCGUAAGUCGUAAGUCUCUACGUCAGCCCAGUGAUGACUGCCCAUGUCUGUCACCUGAUAUCAUUCACCGGCAUCGUAUUGAAAUUCCAAAGGAAUUGGCAGACUUUGCUUCUGAUCCUUCUGUCCACCAUGACUUUUUGCGCCAUUGUGGUGGCCCUGUAAGCCUACACUACGAUAAUGAGUCUUCCUGUUUGGUCGUGUUAACGACAGACCCUGUAACAGCCAAGAAUGUUGCCUUGUUGGAAGAUACUCAUUUAAGGAUGUUGCGCCAAAAAUGGGCCCUAACUCGAAGUCUUCGGCAAACUAUUCGAAAUCUUGAGGUCAAUCGCGGACCAGAUGUAUCACGACCAGCUAUAGGUGCUCGUGGUGUAAAUAUUCGUGCUGCAAGAGAAAUUCCCGAUGUAAUCCGUAUCGAGUCAUGGGAACCGUCUGAAUAUAAUGCAAGAAAUAAUGACCCUGUCGAUAAUUCUGGAGAUCAUGGUGAAGCUGCGAUGUUUGUUAUAGAAGCCAAGACUCCGGAAGCUGCAAAACAAGCUCGAGCUAAAUUGGAAUACUCCGAGCUAUAUUUAGGUGUUCCACGUCGUUAUGUAGGACGUUUGAUCGGAAAAAGAACCUCAAAUAUUAUGUCCAUUAUUCGUAAAUCUGGUGUUGUUCACAUUCAUUUCGAUGAUCAUAUUGAAGGCUCCGUGUCUCUCAGCGAUGAUAAUAACCAAACUGAUGUUAUUAAGUAUUCCCAUCCAGGGCAUCCUUUAGCAAGCACAAUGCGACGAGUCUUUCUAAAGGCUGGAAGUGCUCAGACAUCCUCACAACCAUAUACAGAUGAGGAAUACGGUGGAUUCAUACUAGCUGGUACAAGGGACUCGAUCGAAAAAGCGCGUUUGUUGAUCAACUUCCAAAUGGAUUAUUUCUAUGAUCUUGAAAAAUGGAGAGCGAAAAGCUGGAUCUACCCAGCUCGUGGUACGGCAGUCGGACGUUGGGGUGAACGUGGUGGUGUUGGGAAUUAUGGCCGUGGUGGUCGCGGACGCAGACCAGGUCGUGGUGGCCUGUUACAUCCUCCUGUUAGUGAUGUCAAUCAUGGACAUUAUACAGAUGAUGAAAAUAUUGGAAAUCCAAUCCCCUGUCGAGGUGCAAAACGUACGCCUCGUGAAACAUACGGUCACCGUAGUGCUGGUGGAAGAAUCCCACGUCAAAGUGGAAGAGGAAGUCGGCGAAUAGGAGGUCCAGGUCGCGAUUCUAAUUGGAAUAACCUCAUGAACAACAACGGGGAUGUCGCUGACCGUCGUCGAGGUUCAGGUGAUUCGGAUGUCUUGGAGUCUGACAACUUGCCUGAUGGUUUGUCUGCAGAACGAGCAAACGCCGGAAGACAUAACAGAGUAGGACGUCAUUCUCCAGCUCCAAAUGGAUUUUAUUCUGAUAGAGAACGUGGGGACGAAAGUGAGGAUACCCUCAAUCCUAGCAAUGAAAACAAUUUCCCUUGUGGUGAUGCGUCUUCUGAAGACGGCGGGGGUUGUUCAGUUGACAAUAUGCGCUCAAGACUGAAUAAAUAUGUACAUAGUCGUCGUAACAGUAAAUCACGUCCCCCACGUCGCUCACAUCCAGCUCGUCCCCAAAAUUCCGACCAGUGGGAUACCAAUUGUCAAUUCAACAACGUCGAUUCAUCUCUUGGUAGUCAGAAGUUACGUAGUGGUGGUCAGGGUAAUUAUUCUGCCAGACAGCAGUCGGCGCAAGUAGUAUAUCAGGAAUAG